GCUUUAUAAGUUUUCACCUUUGUUUCGUGUUAAAAUGAUUAUAACUUAAUCGCGUUUAAUUGUUCAAUUUUUUUUUACUAGAAACUAGAAAAUUUCAGAGAAACUUCAAUUCAAAAACUUCAAAUCAGUUUUUCCAGCCUAGAAAACAAGGAGCACGUUAAAACAUUUCAUAAAUAUAAUUCCAUAGUUGAGUUUGAUGAUUAUUUGCCAAAAGGCAAAAUUUUAUCAUUUCGUUAUAUUUAUAUCAUAUAUAGAUCUUAUAGUUCAUGCCUAUAUGCUGUUGUACUGUAUUUAACCGCUCAACGGUACCUGUAGAGAGCGCUGACAUGAAUACAAGAAAUGUUUUUACUCUAUUAGCAAUUCAGAUUCGUCAUUACCGUGGUCUUUUCCGUGUGUUAAAAAUUCAUGCCGGGUAACUUGGGUGAGCACGUGAGAAAUAAAUGAGGUUUUCUUGAGAUAAAGACUCUAGAAUACCUGGAGUAUUGUGGGGAGAAUAUGAAUCAUCUCACGAUGUCGAAAAAUAUGGAGGAAGAACCUGGUAUUAAUAAUCGAUGACUGUCCCUGCGGAUUACUAUUUAUCAUUUUCGUGAAAAGUGCCUAGGUGAAAGAACGUAUAUCGAUAAAUUGUGAACUUGAGCAAAGUUGCAUACCAUUUGAACUCUUCUAAAAAUCAAAAUAAAAAAGUUAACGUUUUUGUUUUGCUGUACUACGUUUUUCCUCGUGAACAAUACGCUCAAUCUUCGUUCCACACAUGUCGAAACACUUAUUGGGUAUAUAUACAUAUGAUAUAUCACAGUGUAUGUACAAACAUAUAUAUCGCUAAUUAUCGUUCCAAUAGCGAAAAUAUGAAGUCCAUUCAAAACUAUUUUAUGAAGGUGCAUUCACAUUUGCCAACACGUAUAUGAAAAUAAAAUGAGUUGAAUGACGUUUUUCAAGACAUUAGUCAUUCAAACGCCGGUUUUGAUUACGCAAAUUUCAAUUUAAAAAAAGUAUAACUCAAACUCAGCUUUCCAAAUUUCUCAAAUAUAAAAUAAUAUCUGCUUCUGCAUAUAGUUUGUUUUGAGAAAUCAAAUUUCAAAUAUGCAAUAUUAACAGAAAUCCACUAAAACUAUCAUUUCCAUAUCAAUAAUGAUAGAUGCGAUCGUAACGUUUUGUGAAUAAAAUAAAUGAUGAGUGAUAAAAACCUUCGAUGCAUAUAGAGUAUCUAUAAAACUGACGUAUAUUUGUAAACAAUUUCGUAUAGUUAAAGUUUCUUAUCAGCUAUUUCACUUUAGAGGGUUACGUUCUCACUAUCACUCCAUAAAUUUGUUGCCAAAAUGUAAAUACACCUCAAAGUGAUAUAGCUCUGGUAACCCAAAUUGCUAUAUAUGGAAUACGUAAUGUGCCCUCUACGUUUCAUCACUUGAAGAUUAGAAGAGGUUCGCUUAAAUUAAUUUUAUACCGCAUUUAUCUAUUUCGUAUAUAGUGAAUUCACCGAUCACUCUUACUAGACUUUUGUUAUUUUUUUUAUUUAUUCGAUGAACCCGGCUGAUUAACUUCGCCUAUAUUCAACAGUGACACCUAUAUAAUUUGCUAGUCGCUUGUAUAUUGUUGAACGUGAAUAUUGGUAUACAUACCUACGUGUACACAUACACACGACGGUUUCAAGAUGGCGACGGUGACACAUUUGUCGUACUGUCAAAUCGGCUUGGGAUACGCCUUGAUGAAAACUUUUUUACAUUAUCUUCUAUAAACCCAUUGGUCUAAUUAUGAAUUUCGUAUGAGAAGGUGAAAGGGACAAAGAUAGAACUAAAACAGUGCCCUGGAGAAAAAUCAGAGCUCCCCCGUGUUGGCGGAGAACGGUGAAAAUGGAAGCCAUUGUGGCAGUAGUGGAAUACAACUAUGUAGCUCAGGAACCAGAUGAGCUAACGCUGAGAAAAGGCGACAUCAUUAAAGAAAUUAAUAUGAUGCACGGAGGUUGGUGGGAAGGUACUCUGAGGGAUAGGCGCGGCAUGUUCCCGGACAAUUUUGUUAAGGUAAUAGAGCCAUCUUCGAUAGGAGGGACCGCAAGUGGUGCAGCAGCUGUUACAACGACAGUUCCAACUCCUACGGCCGAACCAGAGAACAGCCCUACUAUAAAGCGAGAGGAGGUACAACUAAGAAACGGAAGUGGCAGGAGAUGGUGCAAAGUACUAUUUAGUUACGAUCCCUGCAACGAGGACGAGUUGGCCCUUGUGCCUUACGAAUCCAUAGAAUUUCUUGGCGAGGUUGAGGAAGGCUGGUGGAAAGGAAGAUUACGAGGAGCUAUCGGUGUAUUCCCAUCAAAUUUCGUUUCCCCGCCUGCGUCCGAAGAAAAAGAAUUGUGCAAAGUACUGUUCCCUUAUGAGGCAGCCAACGAAGACGAAUUGACUCUCGUUGAGGGUGAUAUUAUCACGCUAGUAUCACGGGAUGCUCCUGACCGAGGAUGGUGGAAGGGAGAACUGCGGGGCCAGUUUGGUCUAUUUCCUGACAAUUUCGUUGAAAUAUUGGGUUCAAAAAAUGACCAACGUCCUUCAGAUUCCGAAUGGCAAGAAACUAAUCAAGGGACCUCAAAAAGUAGCAGUAAACAUUCGUCUUAUACACGUCAACGUGGCAAAAAAGCUCACGCUCGAAAAAGCGUGCUCGGUCAUGCAGAUUCCUCCUCGAAAAAACCCUCAUUAUCAUCCUCCACCUCUUCCACCGUGACGACUUCAACGUCACAAAUCACCAGCAUAAAUAGUAGCACUGAUAAGAAAUCGGUAAUCAACAAUCACUCAUUGAUGACGAGUUUAAAACGUCUCGUGGCGGAUGGGAAUGUCGAUGCUAAUGACAGUGCAGACACGGGACUCGGUGAAGAAUUGGACGGUGUAGAACGAGGCGAAGGUGCACCCUUGUCUCAUUUAACAGCAUCACGCGCAAAAGCCCCACGUCGACGUUUACCAUCGACUCAACUGUUACGACAUCAGACCUCAACGGUCAAAGAAUCAAACAAUGCAGUUUCGGAGAAUAAUAUUGCGAAUGGAAAUGCUGAUCCGGUAAUAGAGCCAAUGCGAGAGGAUGAAAGCGAUGCUCCUGUAGGAAUUGCUCGACGAAAGGCACCUUGGAUAGAAGAAUUAAUACACAAUCAAAUGGAAAAACGAAAGAGCAACCCUCCGGACAGAGUAGACAAGCCCGAAAUCAAGAAAGAACGAAGCUUCCCCCGAUCGGUAAUGUCAACCAGUGCGAGCGAAGUUAGUACCACAAAGUCGCAUUUGGAUUCCGACGACGUUUGGGUUAAAGACAAAGAUAAAAGUCCACGUAGUGACACAGCUUCCCACACAUGUCCGGUAUCACCGACGAUCACUCCUUCGACACCGGCUUACGUCCCGUAUCGUCUUUACAGUCAACUUCUCGAUAGGGUGGCUACACUGGAGGAAAAGCAGAUAAUGCUACAACGAACAGUCUCGAAACUGUCAGAGCAGCUCGUACCCCUCUUGGCCAACGCCUCGACGAACAGCAAAGUGUAAUGUACACGAUCUUUCAAACGCCAAGCUGAACGAUGAAAAAAAUGGAGGGAGAAAGGAAAAAAUUCGUUGUGCAUUCCCUCCUAUGUUGUAUCGCUACAUGGUCUUGUUUUAUUUUUUGUUUUGUUUUUUUUUUUUCUAAAGAACACUCCGUGUUCAUCCGUGAUGAAGAAAAUAAGUUUUUAUGACUAUUAUUAUAGACACCAUAUUGUUAUGACUACUACUAUGGUACAAUUGUUGUUAUAUAUUUAUUAAUUUUUUUCGAUGGCAGCGAUUGCUUUUAUACUUCGCUGAUGGCAGCAUUUACUUUGCCGUAGACUGUGACGUGAUUUUUAUCAUUUUCUCCAAAUUUUCUUCUUCCACUUCGUACGUGUACGAAAGCGCUGCUCCGUCAUCAAUACGAUUUUCCUUUUUUUUGAUCAUUAGAAGACAAUUCCUUCUUUUCUUUAUCGAUUACGAGAGGAUCUCGAUUCUCUGACUGCCUAAUUUAAUUUGCCAGCCGUCUCGACGCUGUUGCACGUCAUAUUUACAGGACUCGCAACAAAAAUUGCAACGUUUGUUCAAUCGUAUUUUGAAUUUGAGCUCAUUAUAUUUAAUACCUUACUAGGGUAAUGGCCAAUGUUUGUAAAAAUGAAAUUUCGUAGUAGGAGAAAGACUUGUAAUAUAUAAUUUUCAUAUUGCUCGUAAAAACAAAUUAAUUCAGGCAAAUUACGCAUUUUUUUGCAUUGAAAAUUUGUUAAUCAAGUGUUGCAAAGCUCCGAGUUGUGUAAAUACAAUGUCGUUGCCGGUCGUCGAAUGUAUUUAUAACGAACGCAUUUAGCAGCAAAUUAAGAUUAAUAAGUACUUAAAAAACAAAAUAAUGGCUCGAUUCGUGAGAAGAGGAAAAAUAUACUUAAUUUUGUCUUUGCGUCGUUGAAGAGACAACCUCGCAAUGGUCGAGUUUUUUGCGUCCCCUUCAAAUUCUACGGAUAGUUUUGUAAGUUUUGAAAAGUUAAAAUGAGAGGGAACAUGAGCGAGAAGAGGAAAGGUGAAAUCCGACCGUGCCAAUAUUUUUCGUUUGGUUCGACAUGUUUUCGAGUGUACUUCUUAGCGGCGUCUUUAUUCUCCGAUUUUUCCGGUGAAGGGAUAUUCAAGUUCAUUGUGAAAAACUCCGAAACACGCAUCGGUACGUUAUACGCGAGCAUUUACAAUUCGAUAAUACAAAAAUCACAAGGUGAACGUGUGUGUGUGUAUGUGCGAUUGAAAAAUAUGAUUCGAAAGACAACAUUCCACCCAGCCAUAACCAUUUUUUGAACCGAGCAUAUUCCUGCUUUUUAACGUUGUUAAAAUGGUGCUAAUGUGUGGUUUAGAUUAUGCAAAUGUUAUAACUUAGAGAGUUAAGAAAAAAAACGUAAACAGGAUACACAAACAGAGAAAAAGAGAGUUAGUGAAAUAAUCGCGUUGAUGUGCAAGUCGGGUCUCAAUCCCAGUGUCGUAGAAACAAUGUCAAAUGAACCAAAAGUAAACCAAAAAAAAUCAAUAUCCAGAGGAGAAAAAGCUCGACAAACAAAUUUUUGUCCAAUAUAAAUCAAACUUUCGUAAUGAUUUUUAAACUUUAAUUUUUGUAGAAAUUGUGGUACAUUUUAUCCAUUCAAGUGGAUUAUCGUCGUUAACUACAUCAGUUUAGAUUAAUAUACAAAAAUGAGUUUUCCAGUUAUCUAAGAAUUCAGACAAAUGCCUUGCCCCGGCCUUCGCGCUAUCCGAUUUACGGAAUUAUUUCCCCGACGACAAUUUCGCGUUACUCCAAGACAAGACCAAUUUUUCCGUACACUAUGUCACUUUUGUAUAAUAAAUAUCCAAUCAUUUUGUACUUUUAUAUUUGGCCAUUGUGUCAUUCGAGAAGCAGCUUUAUCAAAUUCGAAAAAAAAACUUAGAUGAAUAAUGAAUUUAAGAAAACUGCGUGUAACAUGCGCUGCGACGUCCCUCGUUUGUUUCCCCCUUAUUUUGAUAUUGCACUACCGAUAUUCCAGUCACUUCUUCGAAUAUCUGAAAAACAUUUCGAAAUUUUUUGUCGAUCAUACACGCACCCGCACACAAGCACAGACACACGUUUGUUUCGUCCACUCUGAACUCGAUAAAACAUCGAAAAAAUAAUAUCCACGAGAUUUAUACUUUUACCAUCGUAAUUAGAGCGAGAGUUGGAACGCACCUAAAUAGCAAUUCCAUGAAUCACAGAGGUUCUAAAAAAAUACGUAGGGCGUCGAUUAAUCUUUGUGAAAUAAACGCCCGCGGAUGUCAUAUGUGUGCAUCUGCGCGUGUGUGCGGGCGGGUGUUUGAAGAUAAAGGAAAACAAUAAUAAAUAAAGAGUGAGAUAAUGCGUCGAACGGCACAAGGAAAUAUAUAAAAUAUAAAUUGAGAGUCCUCGAUAAAUCGUAAUAAAAUUAAAUUUCUAAUGCCUAGAUAUUAAUUGGAAGCAGAACUUCUAUAACGCAAGCGUGUUUCUAUAAAUUGAAAGGUGAAUGGCUAAAUUUAUAAGAAGAAAAGAGAAUAACAAACUACGAGUAUACAAGACGAUAAAUCCUGUAAUAAUUAUGUACAUAUAUACACAUGCGUGGGAACGAUCGAUGCUUUAUAUUUUCUCUUGUUCCAUCAACGUUAAUUCUGACAUUUUUUUGUUAACAUCGAGACAAAAACACGUGCCAGAUAAUUCGUACUAUUGUGUAAAUAAUUAAUCGGAGUAAAUCUUUUAGUACCCUCCUA